UUUGAGGGUGUGGCCGCUCCUGAAAGACCGCCCCUGUGUCCUGCUGCCCCUCUGUCAAGCUGCGGGGCCGCUGCAGCUUCGCCCAGUCUGGGUUAAAGCAGCCGCCCCGGGCUCGGCUCGGGCUCCUCUGUCCCAGGCGGUGACCCCGGACGGCCCCGGACUCGUGCUGCCCUUGGCUUCCCGCUCUCAAGUCGAGGGUUUGGAUACCGAGGGGCGAGGAAGGAAGGGUUCCCUCACCAUGAGGUCCUCCCUGCAGGCUGUGGCACUCUGGGGAAAGAAGGCCCCUCCACACAGCAUCACUGCCAUCAUGAUCACCGAUGACCAGCAGAUGAUUGUGACGGGAAGUCAAGAGGGCCAACUCUGUCUCUGGAAUCUCUCAUCUGAACUAAAGAUUUCCGCCAAAGAACUUCUUUUUGGUCAUUCAGCUUCAGUGAUGUGUUUGGCAAGAGCGAGAGACUUCUCUAAACAGCCCUUUGUAGUUAGUGCUGCUGAAAACGGGGAGAUGUGUGUUUGGAAUGUCACCAAUGGACAGUGCGUGGAGAAGGCCAUACUUCCUUACAGACACACUGCAAUUUGUUAUUACCACUGCUCAUCCCGGAUGACAGGAGAAGGCUGGCUUCUGUGUUGUGGAGAAUAUCAAGAUGUUCUUAUCAUUGACGCCAAAAGCUUGGUUAUUAUUCACACAUUCGUAUCAACUCAGUCUCCUGAUUGGAUCAACUGCAUAUGCAUUGUUCACUCCAUGACAAUUCAAGAAGAUUCUCUCUUGGCCGUAUCAGUAGCUGGUGAGCUCAAAGUAUGGGAACUUUCUUCAUCUAUCAACAGCAUUCAGGAAAAGCAAGAUGUUUAUGAAAAGGAAUCCAAAUGUCUUAAUUCCCUGAACUGCCGAGCAAUACGAUUUUGCACAUAUACAGAGAGACUUCUACUGGUGGUAUUUUCUAAAUGUUGGAAGGUUUAUGAUUAUUGUGAUUUUUCCCUUCUUUGGACUGAAGUUAGUGGGAGUGGGCAGUUCUUUGCUGGUGGAGAAGUGCUUGCUGCUCACAGAGUCAUCAUCUGGACAGAAGAUGGUCACAGUUAUAUCUAUCAGCUGCUGAACAGUGGGCUUUCAAAAAGCAUAUACCCUGCUGAUGGAACACUGCUUAAAGAGACCAUUUAUCCUCAUUUACUGUGCUCUACUUCUGUGCAGGAAAAUAAGUUGGACCAGAGCCUUCCUUUUGUUAUGGGCUACAUGAAUGAAAGGAAAGAACCUUUUUAUAAGAUACUUUUCUCUGGAGAAGUCUCUGGAAGAAUUACCUUGUGGCACAUCCCUGAUGUUCCCAUGUCCAAAUUUGAUGGUUCUCCUAGAGAGAUACCAAUAACUACCACUUGGACCCUUCAAGAUAAUUUUGAUAAGCAUUAUACCACAUCACCAAGUAUUAGUGACUACUUCUCUGGGUUUAAAGAUGAGAAUGAAACUGCGGUUGUCACUUCAUCAGAGUAUGUUCCAAGUCUUGAUAAACUAAUAUGUGGCUGUGAAGAUGGGACAAUUUUCAUUACACAGGCUUUGAGUGCUGCCAAAGCAGGACUUCUAGAAGGCGGUUCUUUACUAAAAGGUUCCCUUCCUCAGAAAGUUCUCAAAGGUCAUCACCACAGUGUUACUUCCUUGCUUUACCCACAUGGUCUCUCUUCAAAAUUAGACCAAAGUUGGCUGGUAUCUGGGGACCAGGACUCAUGGGUCAUCUUGUGGAAUAUCUUUACUGAAGAAAUUUUGCAUAAAUUCUUUUUGCAAGCUGGCCUGGUAACAAGUCUUUUGAUGUCCCCAGAGAAUUUCAAACUACGAAGUUAUCAGGUAAUCUGCUGUGUGUGCAGUGACCACUCUGUGGCUCUUCUUCACCUGGAGGGGCGGAGGUGCCUCCUAAGUGCCCGGAAGCACCUUUUCCCUGUGAGGAUGAUAAAGUGGCAUCCCAUUGAGAAUUUUCUGAUUGUUGGAUGUACAGAUGACUCUGUUUACAUCUGGGAAAUUGAAACAGGCACUUUGGAAAGACAUGAAACAGGAGAAAGAGCGAAGAUUAUUCUUAACUGUUGUGAUGAUUCACAGCUUCCAAAGCCUGAAUCUAUACUUCCAGUGGCCUCAGAGACACAUAAGCACAAAAGUGUAGAACAGAGGUCCUCCAGCUUGUCCCAGUUUGGGCCAAUACCUUACCCUGGUCUGCAGAUGGAGUCUUCAUGUAAGGUUGCUGAUGCCAAGUCUUUCUCGGGACCUUUUAAUGUCUUGCUUGUGAAGACAAAAUGGAGUAACAUUGGCUUUCAUAUACUUCUUUUUGAUCUGGAAAGCCUUCUUGAACUUUUGCUGCCGACUCCAAUCUGUGAUGUUGACCCUUCCAAUUCAUUCUACUGCAGUGAGAUUCUGAGAAGAGCCAAAAGUACAGUAGAGAAGACAACACUGACACUGAAAAGAAAUAAAACUGUCUGUGGUCCUCUCUCUAUGGAGACACAUGCCAAGCCUGUUGGUGAAAGCCCAGCCCAAGAAGAUAACGCCAUCAAAUUAUCAGGAGAAAAUGAUGGCAUUAAAAAGCAGAAGAAAAUAAAGAGCUUCAAAAAGAUGCACCCUAAGCAAUCAAGAAAAGUCGAUGCCAACCUCACAAUAGACACAGCUAAAUUGCUCCUAUCUUGCCUUUUGCCAUGGGGAGUGGAUAAAGAAUUAGAUAAUCUCUGCAUUAAGCAUCUCAAUAUUUUAAAGCUUCAGGGUCCUGUUUCUUUAGGACUUGCUGCAAAUGAAGAUCACUUCUCAUUGAUGCUGCCAGGUUGGGAUUUAUACAAUACUGAAAUGAAAAAAGACUAUUCAAAAGUGAAUUUAUCUUCUAGAAAAGUUUUGGACUUGUCAGAUAAAUACACUUCCACUUUUCCAAAUCACUCUGGGAUGCCAAAAGGACUGGAAAAUAAUUCUGAUUCUUUGCAAGAGUCAAACACUAUAGUUUAUUUAUUGAGCAAACUAUUUUUAGUUAACCAGUUAGUUAGCAUGCCCUUAGAACUGGCAUAUGGAAUGGACAGUGCUUUCAAAAUUGAGUCUGUGCAUAAUAAGAUGAAAAGUCCUGGAAAUGAUAUUCUGAAUAUUUCAAGCUUCUACAGUUAUUUACGAAAUGGUAAGAGUGAAUCUCAUCUACCUGAAGCUGACGUUUCAUUUUUGAAGCUAAUUUCCUGUUGGAGAGACCAGUCUGUUCAGGUAACUGAAGCAAUACAAGCUGUUCUUUUGGCAGAAGUUCAGAAGCACAUGAAGACUUUAAGAAAGACACCAGUCAACAGUGAACUAGAGUCUGUGGCAAAGAAUGGUGACUAUGAGAUGAUGCAGAUGCUGCCAAAGAUCGAAUGGGCCAAGGAGCCUGAGUUACAGCGUACUACAGACACUUUUCCUCUGCAAACUCCAGUCAGUUCGGUCAAGCAUGACAGCAACUCAAACUCGGCAAACUUCCAAGACACCGAGGACAUGCCUGACAGAUGUGUCUUGGAAGAGUCUGAGAGUCCAGGUAAACGAAAGCAUCAUUUAUGGAUAGAAAAGGUGUGCUCCUGCAAGCUGUGCUAAUUGUAACCUCAACCGUAGGAACUGGACUUGGACAAAUUAAGAAAACUCAAACAUGCCAUUUGUUUAUCAUUGUAUGUAUAAGCUAUGUUAUUACUAGUCUAAUUAUUAAUUUGUGAUAGAUUUGCCAGUACUUUGUUCAGAGUCCUCACUGAUCAAAAAUAGUCAAAUUCCUCUAGUUUUAGGAAAUCAUUGUCUAAAUCAUUUUGUGAUUCCAACAAGUAGAGCAGCCCACAGACACAAAUUUAAUACCAUUUUAGAUUUUUCUUCCAGUUUACAGUUCCUGAAUUAUAUAACCCCGUUUGCUUUUAAACAAUAUAACAAACAAUUCUUUUAAAUUUAAUGUUGCUUAAAUGUACUUACUCUAAAACUUUACCAAAUUUGUUUGAUUUGUUAGGUGAGGGCAUUUAUGUUUUAGUAGAUGCUUUAAUUUGAAUCAAUCAUCCUACAGUAAAUCUCAUCUUUAAGCAUGAAAUGUUGUCAACAAAGUAGCCAAUUCCAUUUAGUCAUCAAUUAGCCCAAAUAAGUGAUACACAGUAUAACAGAGACCAAUCUUGUGCAGUCAAGUUAAUUUAGACUUCUAAUGACAUAGAGGCUAAUGUCUUUAGCUAAAGGCUGAUUUUGUUGGCCAUAUGGAUGUGAACCAGGGAAGAGGAAACUACUGAUAGCACAUCACAAUUGAUCCUUAUUAAGUAUAAACUCUUGUAGUUCUAUUCCCAGAAAGAAGCUUGACUUUCUAUUCCCAGAAAGAAGCAGGAAUUCUCAAACUAAAAUAUGUGAAGCAAUAUAAACAGGAACAGACAUAAAGUGCUGAUCUAUUUAGGCCUUCAGUGAUCUGAUUUAUCUGCUGUGAUUUAUACUGUAUAAUUCCUGAAUUUAUAGAAAAUCACAAAGAAGACUAUUAGUGUGCACAUGAGUACAAAUAUUGACUAAUCCAUAGAAAAAUAGAAUUAAUAUGUUAAAUAUAUGAUACAUAUCUUUAUAUAUCCAUCUAAUAGGAAAAUUCUAGUCACUUCAACAAACAUUUUUUGGGGCACCAGCAUCAGAUUCUGUGCAAGGGAGGAUGCAAAGGGCAAGGUAUAGGGGGAGAUUAAAGAAUAGAACUAUAAAAUUGAAAUAGUGUGGUCUCUGCCCUUAAGGACCUUACAAUUAUUGACCUAAGUGAAUAUACCAUAAGUAGACAUCAGGUGACUGUGACUUUUAAAAAAUAGAUAAAAAUAUGUGUUGUGUGGUUUUUUUGCCCUAAAAGAUGAUAUUACUUGGAUUUACUUUUGAGUUUUAUUUCAGCAACAUAUUGUUAAAUGAAUAAUGAUGGAAAACUAUCAUCCUUUGAAAAAAUUAUAUAUAUGUAUGUACUUUCCUUACCCUCUGAGGAUUGUCAAAAGCCACUUAGAUCAAAUUUCAAAAUAAAAGGAAGGUAGUAAGCUAAGCAA